AUGACGUCAGCGGUGCCGGAUAACGCCCCCGAGGUGACGCAAGCAGGAGGGUUCGGAGGGCAGGCGGCGCGAGCGGCCAGGCUGGAGCUGGUGGAGGUCGGAUCUCCGAAAAAGGCUGCUUCGGGCGAAGCUUCCGGGAACGAAGAGGAGGAGGUGGAGGGACGUGAGGAAGAAGUCGCAGGGAAGAAAUGUGAUUUCAAGGAGGAUCUGAAAGGAGAUUCGGCUGCACCAGCAGUUGAUGUGAUUCUGAAGUCCCAUGGUUCGGCUGGGAACGGAACAGGAGUUGAGGAGGCAGCAGCAGCAGCCGCAGCAGCCGCAGCAGCAACUGUUGGUGGUUUAGUGUCGCCUGGGAAUGGUGGUGGUGGUGGUGCGGUCUCUUAUCCGUUCAUGCUCCCGUAUCCUCCUUAUGCGGACCCCAGGGCCAUCCCAGGUUUCGUGAACGGUUUUGGCGGGAAUUCGCAGGGCGCAUUGGGAAAUGUUGCAGCUGGUUCGGCUGGUGACGAUGCUUAUGCACAAGCUUCCUGGUUCGGCCAGGCACCUUGGUUCGGGCAGGGGCCUUGGUUCGGCCAGGCGCCUUGGCUAGGCCAGUCGCCUUGGCUCCCUGCUUAUACAGAUAAGCUCCCUGCGCUUGGUUCUGGGCCUGGUUAUCCCCGUUGUUGGCUUCCUCAGUACUAUCCUAUGCAACCCGAGGCUCUAGUUCAGUUCUCCCCGCCUCGUCCUGCAGCAGCAUCCAGUGAGUUCCCAAGCCUACCGUGGAGCCUCGGGCCAAACCUGGGUGGGUAUCCAGGUGCGUGGGGUGCCGAGCCUGGGUCCAGUGCAUAUGCAGCAUUGCCUGCUCCAGCGGAAGUCGCUGCAGAGCUCUCCCUGCUUUCGGGUAAUGCAUCUUCACAAGGGUCUGUAGGAGCGUCUAUUGAGGCACCUCAGAAGCCAAUGGAAGGCGCUGCAGAGUUCCCCUUGCCUUCGGUCUCUGCAGCAACUGAGGCGGUUUCGGCGGCACCUGCGACGGCACCUGAGGGUACACCAGCGGCUCCUGAGGUGGCGCCGGUGGCACCUGUGGCACCUGACGUGAUGACUGCAUCACCUGAGACGGCAACUGAGAUAGCACUUGCGGUACCUGAGGCAGUUUCCGCGGCCCCUGAGGCAGUUUCCGCGGCACCUGAGGCAGUUUCCGCAGCACCUGAGGCAGCUUCUGCGGCACCUGAGGCAGCUUCCGCAGCACCUGAGGCAGCUUCCGCGGCACCUGAGGCUGUGCGUGCGGCACCUGAGGCAGUUACUGCGGCACCUGAGGCAGUUACUGCGGCACCUGAGGCAUUUACUAUGGCACCUAAGGCGGAUUCUGUGGCACCUGAGGCAGUUUCUGCGGCACCUGAGGCUAUUCCUGCAGUACCUGAUACGGCACCUGAGGUUACACCAGUGGCAUCUGAGGCUAUUUCUGCGGAACCUGAGGCUGUUUCGGAGGCACCUGAGGCGGCACCUGUUGCACCUGUGGCUGCACCUGGACCUGAGACGGCACCUGAGGUGGCGCCUAUAGCACCUGAGGCGGCACCUGUGGCACCUGAAGCAGUACCUGCGGCUGCGGCACCCGAGGCACCUGCACCCGAACCACCUGUAUCUGAACCAUCUGCACCGGAAGCACCUGUAACCAAAGCACCUGUACCCGAAGCAGCUGCCACCAUCCGAACCACCAGCUCCGAGCCUCCUGAGCUGCCGAGGCAACUGGACGACCCAACCACUGGAACAGUCGCUGCCACCCGUAUCCAAUCCGCAUGGAGAGGCCACUCCCUCCGCCUUACCAAGCCUCUUGAAGCGGCUCGGACCAUAGCUGAGGUUCGGCGGCUGGCUCGGGAGAUGGCGGAGAGGCUCGGCGAGGAGGGGUAUGCGAUCAAGGUGGCGUCCGAACCAAAGGAGAAGCUUCGGGUGAGUGAGACGAUCAUGAGCUGGCUGCUUCGGUUGGAUGCACUGCUGUCGCCGAACCAGGAGGUCCGGGAGCUGAGACGGGGAGCAGUUCGGGAGCUGACAAAGCUGCAGGAUCGGUUCGGUGGGUGUGGGAGUGAGGGUCCUGAGGCGGUGAGAGUCGUGUUCUGCAGCAGUGAGGAGAAGGGGAGAGCUACGAAAGAGGUGAGGGAGGGGGAGAAGAAUGAGGAGAGGGAGAAGGGGAGUGAGGGGCCUGAGGAGGUGAAAGUGGUUUUCUGCAGCAGCGGGGAGAACGGGGGAGUGGAGAAGGAGAGGGAGAAGGAGAGGAAGGAAGAGGGGAAGGAGGAGGGGAAGGAGGGAAAGAAAGAGGAUGGUAGGAAGGAGGAGAGGAGAGAGGAGGAUAAGAAGGGGGAGGAGCAAGGUUACGAGGACAGGAGGGGGGAGGCAAGCUGUAGUGGGGAUGUGAGGAAGGUUGACGUGCAGUUCUGUGGGCGUGGGAGUGAGGGGCCUGAGGCGGUGAAGGUUGUGUUCUGCAGCAGUGGAGGGCUCAGCAGUGGAGGGCCCAGCAGUGGAGGGCUCAGCAGGGAGGGCGGGACAGGCGGGUCAGGCGGGUCAGGAGGGGCAGGAGGGGCAGGAGGGGCAGGAGGGGCAGGAGGGGCAGGAGGGGCAGCGGGAGGGGGUAAUGUUCAUGGUUCAGGGGUGUUUGGUGUGUGCGAGGCGAAGUUGAGGAGUGGGAAAGAGGGUGAGAUGAAGCAAGUGGAGAAGGGGAAGCAGAAGAGGAAGGAGGAGAGGAAGGAGGAGAGGAAGGAGGAGAGGAAGGAGGAGAGGAAGGAGAGGGUUCAGACAGCGGGGAAAAUUGCUGAGGGGAGGAAACAGGUUGACGAGGGAGAACAGAAGAGAAGCAAGGGGAAGGAGAGUGAAGAGGGACGGAGGAGUGAGGAAGAUGCCAAGAAAGGGAUUUCAGAAAUGGAGUCCACGAAAUCGCCAAUCUUUCUCCACUAUCUGCCGCAUCUGCUGCCUCUUGGAACCCCUCUCCACCACACGCCGCAUCCCCACAAUGCUCCUGCACCCAUCUCCACCCCUGUCUACCUCCACCUUCCCUCAGCAACCCCACUCGCCCAUGAGACCUCCUCUGUUGCCCCAUUCAGUCACUCCUCCUUCAAGCCCUCACCUUACAGUCACAUGGCACUGCCCAAGGGGGGUGCACCUGGACUAUCCGAGUUUUCACCUGAGGAAAUUGCCUGGCAGAUGGAGGCUCUGAGGCAGGAGAACGCCCAGCUGCGUCGGCUACUAUUCGAGCGGGAGCAGCGGCAGCAGCAGCAGCAGCAGAAGCAGAAGCAGGAGGAGCAGCGGAAACAAGCAGCAGAGAUGGCUGGUCUAUUUGGUGGCAGAACAGUACCUGCAGUGAACUGUGGAGGAGUAGCAGCAGCUGGGGGGUUUGAGGAGAGGCUGGAGUGCUUAGAGAGGGAGAUGGCUAGGAUGAAGGCUUCGCGUGAUUGUGAUUGUAAUGGGGGAUGGGGUGGGUGUAGGAGCCGGUGGGGUGUUUACUAG